AUGGGGUCCCCGCCGCCGCUCCCGCCGCUCCCGCGGGCCGCCGCGCUGCUGCUGGCGGCCGCGCUGCUGCUGGCGGCCCCGGCGCGGCUCCGCGCCGCUCCCGAGGAAGAGCCCGGCAGGAAGAAGGAGCCGCCGCCACCGCCGGCGGCGCAGGGAGCGGAGCCGCGGGCUGAGAAAGGCUCGUCACUGGUUGCUCCAGUCCACAUUGUCAGUGAAGAGUCAGCUGACAAGACUAACCUGGGCUUUAUUCAUGCCUUUGUGGCUGCUAUAUCGGUCAUCAUCGUGUCGGAGCUGGGGGACAAGACCUUCUUCAUCGCCGCCAUCAUGGCCAUGCGCUACAACCGUCUGACUGUGCUGGCUGGUGCUAUGCUUGCCCUGGGACUGAUGACGUGUUUAUCAGUUUUGUUUGGCUAUGCCACCACGGUCAUUCCUCGUGUGUACACAUACUAUGUGUCAACAGCACUGUUUGCAAUCUUUGGCAUCCGAAUGCUUCGGGAAGGCUUGAAAAUGAGUCCAGAUGAAGGUCAGGAAGAGCUGGAGGAAGUUCAAGCAGAAAUUAAAAAAAAAGACGAGGAACUUCAGAGAACUAAACUGUUAAAUGGGCCAGGAGAUGUGGAAUCUGGGCCAGGCACCACUAUACCUCAGAAGAAGUGGCUACACUUUAUUUCACCAAUCUUUGUUCAAGCUUUUACAUUAACAUUUUUAGCAGAAUGGGGCGAUCGUUCCCAAUUAACAACCAUAGUCUUGGCUGCCAGAGAGGACCCCUAUGGUGUGGCAGUAGGAGGAACAGUAGGACAUUGCCUAUGCACUGGUUUAGCAGUUAUUGGAGGGAGAAUGAUAGCACAAAAAAUUUCUGUUAGGACUGUGACAAUCAUAGGAGGCAUUGUCUUCUUAGCAUUUGCAUUUUCUGCACUAUUUAUAAGUCCAGACUCUGGUUUUUAAUACUUUUCAUUGCUGUAAAAGAACAAGGAUUGGAAGCAUCAAGCAGUUAUCCUUGUGCAUUUUUGUAUAUAAUGUACAGAAUAACUAGUUAAGUGCUGAAGAUGAGACACUGAACUUUUUAUAGCGGAUGAUUCAUGGGACUGAUGCAUUUAUGGCCAGCUUCUGCAUUGGAGAUCUGCUUAUUGUCUGGUUUGUUUGUGCUGUGGUGCCUGCUCCCAUGGUGGGAUUUGAGUGGUUUUCUCACUUGCUGGACCUGGCUCAGCUGAGUUCAAGGAUCUACUCUCCAAAGUAUUGAGAAUUCCUCUUUGCUUCCUCUGAUACACACAGCCACAUUUCCUCUUUUUUCAAGAGCUGAUUCUUCAGGCCUCUUGAAGCAGACUGUGUUAAGGAGAAAACUGCUGGCUCCCACCUCCAAAGAUGGUGGUUCCAUGGUGCACCUGAGGCUGGAUAAUUCAAGCAACAAGAAACCUGGGAGCAGUCCCUAUGCCAUCCAGUGGCUAAGCCAACCAACAGAGAAUGUUAUACUUAAUUUAGAGGGAAAACUUCUUAAUCAGGGAUUUUUAUCAGGAAACUGAUGUGGGCUGAUUAACAACCUGCUGUGUUCAAUAUGCAAUCUGGCUGGAGCUAGUAUUUUUUGACUUUUUCUUUUUUUAUUUUUAAUAUUAAAGUAUACAAAAAGUAAUGAAGUGGUCCAACUUAACCAUGUUCUAUUCCCAGGACUGAGCAGUAAUGGAAUUCUUAGUUUUAGAUGUAUUCCUGAUUUUUCUUUUUAGGAAUAGAAAUGUAAUCUGGAAGAGUAUUAAUAAAACAUAAGUGUCUCCA